AUGGAGAACGGGUCAGUGAUGACUCCUCUCAGGCAGCCUAUCGUGUUCGAGCUGGAGGGCUUCCACGUACCACCAGGCUACGGAUCGUUCCUCUUCUUCCUCGCUCUGUUUCACUACAUGGUGGUGCUGUUGGGGAACGGUGUGGUGAUGUGCAUCAUUGUCAUAGACAAGAACCUGCACAGACCCAUGUUUGUGUUGCUCUGUAAUCUGGUAGUCGUCGAUGUGCUGGGCUCCACCGCGGUGCUGCCUCGCAUGAUGAUGUACUUUCUGACUGGGGAGAAGAGGAUCACCUACAUCACAGCCAUGGCCCAGGCCUUCUCUGUGCACACGUACGGUGCCGCAGUGCAGACUCUUCUGGCUGCGAUGGCCUACGACAGGUACAUUGCUGUGUGUGAGCCGCUCAGGUAUCAGGCCAUCAUGACGUCAGCUCGGCUGCAGACCUGCUGCGUCCUGGCCUGGUCCGUGGCUCUGCUCUGUAUCAGUGUGCUCUUCACCCUUCACAUCAAUGUUCCUCUGUGCGGCAACACCAUCCAACACGUCUACUGCAGCAACCGGGUCAUCAUGAACCUGGCCUGCAGGUCCACCCCCACCAAUAACAUCUAUGGUCUGUCGAUGUCCUGGACCUUGAGUACAGGGAUGUUCGUCAUCAUUGCCUUUUCCUACUUUAGAAUCCUACAUGCUUCUGUUAAACGAGGCCGAGCUGACAGCAGAGUCUGCAGCAAGGCCUUCCAGACAUGUGCGUCACACCUCGUUGUGUAUGUGCUCUACGAGAUCGCUUCACUCACCAUUAUCGUGAGUCACAGGAUGACCUCACUCUCUCAUAACAUCAAGAAAUUCAUCAGCAUCCUGUUUAUCAUCAUUCCACCAGCAAUCAACCCCAUAAUCUACGGACUGGUCAGUAAAGAGUUACGUGCUAGUUUCUUCAAGAAUUUGAUCUUAUCUAAAAUGACGAUGAAAACAUUGCUUUAUUGUUUCAGGUUGAUGGAGAACUCCACCUACAACAGCCUCAUACUCCAGGUGGAGGGGUUGAAUGUCUCAAAUGAAUCGAUCUACCCAGUCUUUCUCUUUUUCUUUUGCUCCUACCUGUUUAUACUGGUAGCUAACGUAGGCAUCGUGGUGCUGGUGUUCAUAGAUAAGAAACUUCACCAGCCCAUGUACCUGCUCUUCUGUAACCUGCCCGUCAAUGACAUCGUGGGAAACUCCAUCAUGUUGCCCCGGGUGCUGUCAGACAUCCUGGUGCCGCCCUCCGAGCGCCUCAUCAGCUACUACGAGUGUGUGCUUCAGGCGUUCACCACUCACAUGUUCGGCACCACCUCUCACACGAUACUGAUGAUCAUGGCCUUUGACAGAUACGUGGCCAUCUGUAAUCCUCUGCGUUACGCCGCCAUCAUGACCAACAAGAUGGUGGUCAAGCUGACCGUGUCUGCCUGGGGCGUGGCCUUUGUUCUGGUGGGGAUUCUGCUGGGUUUGACCAUAAGACUGAACCGAUGCAGGACAAUGAUCAUGAAUCCUUACUGUGACAACGCCUCGCUGUUCAAACUCUCCUGUGAGAGUGUGUUUAUUAACAAUGUCUACGGCCUCACGUUCACCGUGGUCCUGCUCUCAGCUUCUAUCGGCAGCAUAGUUCUCACCUACGCUAAGAUCACAGUCGUGUGUGUGACCAGUAAGAACCAGUCUCUGAACAGUAAGGCCCUGAAGACCUGCAGCACUCACCUGAUGGUGUAUCUGAUCAUGAUCUUUAGUGGAAUCUCUGUAAUUACUCUGCAUCGCUUCCCUCAGUACUCUGACUACAGGAAACUCUCCGGCAUUUUGUUUCAUGUCAUCCCUUGCAGCCUCAACCCCGUUAUCUAUGGAGUGCAGUCCAAAGAGAUACGAAGAUUCUUGUCAAAAUUGUUUGAGCACAGGAAUAUGUGACAAUAAUAAGAGCAAAGAUUUCCAUGUUUAAUGUAUUAGGUAUUGACACACACACACAUUUAUAUAUAAAUUGAGCUAUGACUGUUCUACUGUACAACAUAGCUUAGU